GACGUCACCACGGAGGCGUAGCUUAUGGAUGACAUUCACUUCCUGCUUCUUUGCUGCCCUGGUUUCGCCUGAUCAGCUGCUGGAGCUUUCCUCUGACGAGAGACGUUCAUCAUGUCACAUCAGACGGGCAUUCAAGCGGGCAAUGAUGUGAAGGAAAUUUUCGCCAGUGCGAAGAGUGGAGACCAGUACAGAGUCUUGAAGAUCGUCAUUGAGGAUGAGCAGCUUACUUUGGCCGCCACCAAGAAGUCGUCAAUGAAGUGGGAUCACGAGUAUGACUCCUUAUUGCUACCCCUCUUGGAGGACUGCAUGCCAUGCUACAUCCUCUACAGGUUGGACUCCAGCAACAACCAAGGCUUCGAGUGGAUCUUCCUGGCCUGGACUCCUGAACACGCUACUGUGAGAAACAAAAUGCUGUUUGCUGCUACCAGAGCCACACUGAAGAAAGAGUUUGGGGGCGGCCACAUCAAGGAUGAGAUUUUUGGCACCACAAAGGAUGACCUGAACCUCAGCGGAUACAGGAAAUAUCUGACCUCGCAGGCGGCACCGCUGCCCCUCACUGCUGCUGAGGAGGAGCUGAGACAGAUCAAACUACACGAGGUGCAGACGGACAUUAGUGUGGACUCCAAGCACCAGACGCUCCAGGGUGUGGCCUUCCCCAUCCACAAAGAUGCCGUGGCGGCACUUGAGCGUUUCAGGGAGCGGCAAAUCAACUACGUACAGCUGCAAGUGGACGCGGAGCAGGAGCUCAUCUGUUUGUGCAGCACCGAGCUAACAGAGUUGAAGGACCUGCCGUCCAGGAUCCCCAAAGACUCUGCACGCUACCACUUCUUUCUCUACAAACACUCUCACGAGGGCGACUACCUGGAGUCCACAGUGUUCAUUUAUUCCAUGCCUGGGUACAAGUGCAGCAUCCGAGAGAGGAUGCUCUACUCCAGCUGCAAAAACCCUCUGGUUGACAUGGUGGAAAACCAGCUGAACAUGGAGAUUGAGAAAAAGUUGGAAAUCGACAGCGGCGACGACCUGACCAGCGACUUCAUGUACGACGAGGUGCACCCCAAGCAGCAUGCGCACAAGCAGGCCUUCGCCAAGCCCAAAGGCCCGCAAGGGAAGCGGGGCGGCCGCCGCAUCACCCGAACCCCCGCCGACGAACAGGAGGACAAUUAAGAACGGACCACCUCCACACCUUGUGCACGUUCCAUAGUGGAACAUUCCUGAGAUGUUGCUUGUUUUAAAAAGAAUAGGAUGCCGACCUCACAUUCCCAGGCAGGUUUCUUUCACCCACAGAGUCAGCUAUGCACGCCCAGGUCACCUGAGCAACGCCACUUCUCUCAUUAGUGCAUUCCCAACUGUAAUUCAGUGAUUCGUGCUCCAAUCACAAUAACACCCCCUGUUUUUAAGUAGCCCAAAUUCCAUAUUUGCAUUCCUUAAGUCACUUAAUGUGUGUGUGUGUGUCUGUGUGAGCGUGUGUGUGCGCGCACACAAGCCUGGUGCUCCAAAGCAGAGAUAAUGAUCCCACUCAUAAGUGCAUUUUAUAUUGCAUUUUUUUUUACUAUAUACGUAAGGAGCGCGAGAAAGAGAAAACACAAAAAUCAUCUGCUGAGAAACUUAUUUUUCUAUGCAAGUGCUGUAAAUGUACAUAUGGUAGCUGUGUGUGUGUGUGUGUGUGCGCGCGUGCGUUGUGGUGGUGAUGCCGCUGAGGAUCACGAUUGAUUUGAACAAGGGGCUUCCAGAAAUAUUUCAUCCACGUAAACUCUUUAGAGCAGAGGAAGCUAUUUAGAAUCCCAGCCGAGAGGAGGAAAGUGUGAGCGCAGGAAAGGGAAUUUAUGAGAAAUGUUGCUGCCGCCACUUGUCUACUGAUUCCAGUUAUUAGGCAAACUACCAAGCUCACCUCAUCGUGUUGUCAAACAGUGUCACUAGAAAUAGAGAAGCAAAAAAAAAAUCAUGUUUGGUCUUACUUGUUUUCUUACAGGUCUUUCUUUUUAAGGAGAAUAAAAUAUUUAAAUUGCA